UUGUGACUUCAAUCUUUACAACUAAUAUAACUAACUGAUUUGACGAUGAGCCACUACAAGUACCUGUUCAAGAUCCUCGUGCUGGGUGACUGCGGUGUGGGCAAGUCCUGCCUGCUGAUGCGCUUCUCGGAUGACCGCUUCACCGGGAAGUACCUGUGCACGGUGGGCGUGGACUUCAAGGUGCGCAGCGUGGAGGUGGCCGGUCAGGUGGUGAAGCUGCAGGUGUGGGACACCGCCGGCGAGGAGCGCUUCAAGUCUCUGCUGCCGGCCUAUUAUCGCGGUGCCCAUGGCAUUCUGCUCGUCUACGACACCACAUCGGCCAGCAGUUUCCGCAGCAUCGAUGGCUGGCUGGAGGAGAUCCGUCGCAAGUGUCCGGAUAGGGUUAACGUUCUGCUGGUGGGCAACAAGUGCGAUGAUCUGGAGCAUCGCCAGGUGAGCCUGGAGCAGGCCCUGCACUAUGCCGAUCGUCGGUCACUCGGCUUUCGAGAGGUUUCCGCCAAGAGUGGCGCGAAUGUAAAUUACGUAUUCGCCGCGUUGGCCGUCGACAUAUUCAAUCGUCUGGUGGCUUCUGCACCCAAUCGCUUGUCAGCUGGGCAGAAUGAUAGGGAUGAGUCGGAGGACAGGGCGAAGUCACCGGUUGAAAAGAUUCAUCUAGUUCGCAAAGGUCGGCUGAGGUCCAGAAACAUCGAACCCUGUUGUUGAACAUCUCGUUUAGCUAUAUUUCUUAUGACCAUUUUUGGAUUAUGUAUGUUUUUAAAAUCGAAAUAAUGUUUACUUGUCCAACAAGCUGCUUAAAAUUAA